CGUUGAUCUGUAGCUCGUGCGAUCAGUUUCUCAACAUGUCACAGUGGUGCAUAAGGCCAGGAGGACCCUUCAACCCGGAGGACCCUUCUGCCAUUCGGACCGAACCAUCUCCCCACAGCAGGAUGGAAGCCAAAAUGUACGGAGCAGGUUCCGAAUUAUCCAUCGUCAGCCGGAGCACGAUGAGCACCUGGAUAUCAGAUCGUCAUUUUGUUGAUGAAAUCCAUAAAAAGAGGCGUCGAGUGUGCAAGCGAUGGCGGAAAACGUGUACACGAGAUUUGCUUUAUCGCCGGUUGCCUUUCUUAUCCUGGAUCACUAAAUAUGAUUUCUCCAAGCUCCUGUCUGACGCCAACGCUGGCAUGGCCGUCUCCUUGACGGCCAUCCCGCAAACCAUCGGCUACGCAGCGGUGGCUGGCCUUCCGGCACAGAUCGGCCUCUAUUCGGCUUUUAUGGGCCCGUUGAUGUACAUUUUCUUUGGAACCGUCAGAGAAAUAUCUGUCGGUCCAAACAGUGUUCUCGCCUUGAUGAUCAAUUCUUACGUCAGCGAGGGCGGAGUCGCCUACGCCGUCAUCCUAGCCUUUCUCACUGGCGUUAUCCAGUUAAUUAUUGGAUUAUUGAAUUUAGGUUUUAUCGUCGAUCUAAUAUCGGCACCUGUUAUUUCGGGAUUUUGCUCGGCGGCUGCGCUGACCGCCAUCGCUACGCAAAUGAAAGGGCUCUUGGGACUCAAGUUCCAAGGAUCUAAUUUCCUCGGCGUGUGGAGAGGAGUGUUUGAAAAUCUGUCCGACAUCAACUAUUAUGAUGCCGGGUUAGGAUUCCUAACAAUCUUCAUUUUGCUCAUAAUGCGAAAGCUCAACUGUAUGAUGAAUCUCGAGGUCUUCAAGGGACAGUCUUGUUUACAAAAUCGCUGGAUUUCCCGGGUGUUGUGGUUCCUUUCAUCCAGCCGCAACGCUUCUGUUCUAAUAUUCAGCUGUCUGGCAGCGUACCUGUUGGAAAUAAAUGGAUUGAAUCAAUUGACCUUGUCAGGUGAUAUUGAGCCAGGACUGCCGACAUUCAAGUUACCGCCAUUUCAAAUUGAGCGUCAAGUGGAUGACGACGAAAUUCAAGUUUUGAAUUUUUCAGACAUUUGUGCCGAAAUAGGAGCCAUGGGCAUUGUCCUGUUCCCGUUAGUCUCUAUCCUGGAGCAAGUGGCCAUCGCCAAAACUUAUUCUCACGGCAAAAGUACCGAUGCCACUCAAGAGAUUAUCAGUCUUGGAAUCGGUAACAUUGCCGGCUCCUUUGUUGGAGCCAUGCCAAUAUCCGCCAGCUUCGGACGCUCGGCUGUUCAAUCGUCGAGUGGUGUACGAACCCCUAUGGUCAACGUCUUUUCGAGCGGUGUGAUCCUAUUGGCCCUUGGCCUUCUCAUGCCAGCAUUCUAUUAUCUACCCAAAGCUGUGCUGGCCGCCGUUGUCAUCUCAUCCGUUAUGUUUCUGGUAGAAUACGAAGAAAUCAAGCCCAUGUGGAAAUCGAGAAGAAUCGAGUUGCUUCCCUUGGUGAUUACUUUCCUCAGUUGCCUCUUCGUGAACAUGGAGUUUGGCAUAAUACUGGGGGCUGGCUUUCACCUUUUGCUCCUAUUGCACUUGGGAAAUAAGCCAAAAAUCUCUGUCGGAGAAAUUCAGGCCAUAAACGUCAUCAAAACAUCGACGCCGGAAUCGACUAUGUUGGUGCUUGGUCAUGCGACGAGGCCGAUCCCGGUCCAGCAACGAAAAUCUGUCCGUGAAUUGGUCAACACUUCUGCCAUAGAAGCCAAAAGGAUAAGAUUAAUCUGUGACCGAAGUCUACAUUUCCCCGGCAUCGAGAUGUUCCGGAGUCGCAUCAACGAGGUUAUCCACGACGAGGGAUGCGAGAAACUCAUCAUCAUCGCCGACUUGGAGCGUGUCCUCGAAAUGGACUACACUUCGCUCAAAGUACUUAAAUGCAUCUACGCGGAUCUUCAGAAGAGAGAGCACACACUUAUAUUCGACAAAGCCAACGACGUCAUUCAACAACACCUUACGACGGCUAUGGACAUUCCCGUUUCGGCCUUUAUUCAAAUAACCCGUCAUAACGUAACCGUAUAGUGUUUUUUAAGAAAAUUUGAUCUAUUUUAUAAUGUGUGCACUAACUGUGCUACUUACAGAGUUGCUUCUAAAUCAAAGUCGAUUUCAAGCGCUCAAUUUGUCGUGUGCUGACGGUGCGUUGUUUUCUCCCCCCUCUGAAGUGCAAGUUCCUGCAAUAGAUUAUGUUACGUAUUUUAUACGAUCUGAAUUGAAAGAUGAUGGUUUCUUUGUUCUUUAUAUUAAACUGAAGUUGACAUGUACAAUACAAUGAAAAUUUGACGGUAAA